GUUAGUCAUCGAUGUGACAACUGAGACGGCUCUUGAUGUGUCAGCGUGGGACGCGCGCCGACCUUUGAUUCUGUGAUCGACGAUGGCCGUACCCGGACCUCCGCCGCUGCUCCUUCUCUCCCUGCUGCUGCCGCUGCUGUUGAGCAAGGCAUCUCUUCCUGCAGCUGCAUACACGCUCUCCCCCGAACAACAGCCGCAGCACAAGCUCCUCCAACUGGACUGGCCCGGAGAAUGUGGCAUGGCUCACUUCAAGCCCAACAUGGUGGAGCGGAUCGUGUCUGGGAACGAGGCCCGGCCUCACUCCUGGCCCUGGCAGGUCUCUCUGCAGGUUCGUCCUCGGGGAAGUAAACAUUACAUCCACGUCUGUGGAGGAACUCUCAUCCACAAGAACUGGGUCCUUACCGCUGCUCACUGCUUUCAGAAGGGUAAAGCUGAGGACGCUGGGAGCUGGAGGAUCGUCCUGGGGAAGCACCAGCUGAAGCGCUCAGAGAGGGCAGAGAGGAUUUUCCCCGUGAAGAGAAUCUACCGGCACGAGAACUUCCGUUACCCGGCUCACAGCGAGCUGGACUACGACAUCGCCCUGGUGAAGGCCGCCGCAGACAUCGUCCCUUCGAACUUCAUCCGCUACGCCUGCCUGCCGCGCAAGCAGACCGGCCUCACUCCAGGACACUACUGCUGGGUCACAGGCUGGGGGGACACCCGGGGUGGGAAGGAGAACGUGUCCCUCGCAGAGGCCCUGAAUCAAGCCCGCCUGCCCAUCAUUGACUUCAAGACCUGCCGGCAGAAGAAGUUCUGGGGCGACCGCGUCCGAGACUCCAUGAUCUGCGCCGGGUUCAGGGACACCGAGGGCCCGCCCGCCGCCUGCCAGGGCGACUCUGGUGGCCCUCUGCUGUGCCAGCAGGGGCAGGACCGCUGGGAGGUCCACGGCGUGGUGAGCUUCGGCCCGAUCGGCUGCACCGUGGAGAACAAACCCAGCGUUUUCACCCGCACUGCCGCCUACAUCCCCUGGAUCGAGGCCACGCGCAUCAGGGACUUCUUCCUGCACUGAGCGGGCGUCCGACCAGCGCCGACAGCAAACAUGAACUCUGCUCCCAAUUAUAUGUCCGACUGCUCUCCGUUUCUCCUCAAAGUCUCACUCGACAACUCCUGCACGUUCUUAAUACACGCUCUGUUUAAUGAUUGUUCUAUAAACACACCGUAUUUUACGUCUGCACUACUGGGGGGUUUUCAAGCUGAAGAAAGUAUCCACGACUCACGUCCUUUUACAGUCUAAAUGUACUCAAUAAAAACGGGUUAAAAGCAA